AUGUCAAAGAAGUCCCACGACUCGGCUUUGGUCGAGCAAGUGCCAGACAGCAGUGGUAGUUACGAAAAUAACAAUGCCGACUAUGGUGCAAUCGUAGAAACAGAAUUUUUCUCUGAUAGUGAAAUUAUAGAGGAGGGACGUAGCAAUGCUGAUUUGGAAAAUGGUGCUGAAAGAGGCGAAGAAGUGCUCACUGAUUCUGAAGGUGAAGACGCAUUCGUCAAGAAGUACGGUGCUAUAAACUUCAGCUAUAUCAAGAAACCUACGGAAAGAGUCUGGUUCAUAAGGCCACAUGCUUUGAACUACUUCAAGGAUGGAGUGUUGUACAGAACCAAGGGAGAAAGAUCAUCAGGAAGAACUGAAUUGUUCCUAGAUCUCAUGUAUGUGGCCAUAAUAGCCAAUUUGGCUGGGGAAGCAACCGAAAAUGCUAGUGGAGCUGCUUUGCUCAAGUACAUCUUGCUCUUUGUUGCUGCCUUCACGAUUUGGGCUGAUGUCAAGGAUUUUGUCAAUUACUACUACAGUGAGGAUUUGUUCCAGAAGUUGUGUUUAGUGUGGUAUUUGUUGCUUUUGAUGCUUUUUGCCAAUAGUCAUUACGAUAUUGCUACAUCAAGAGCCAGUGCUGCCUAUACAAUUGUACCUUAUAUGCUAGCCAGAAUGUCGUUGAGCAUUACCUUGGUGGUGUAUUCGUUUUAUAUCCCAGAACUAAGAUUUCAACAACGAUGUUACGCUGCCACCAUCUUUGUAACUACUUGUCUCUGGAUUCCAGUCAUCUUCAUUUCUACGAGAGCAAAGAUAGGUUUGUCGAUAGUUAUUUUCGUGUUGGAGCAGACUUCAUUCAUGGUGAUUCACCAUCCUAGUUUCAGAAGAUACUUCAGGUUGACCACCUCUACUGCCUUGAAUAUUGAACACGAAGUGGAAAGAUACUCGGUUUUUGUCACUAUUGCCGUAGGUGAAUUCUUAUACAAAGUUGCUGCAAACGGUUCGUUGGGCUCAGGUUUAUCCUUGCGGUUCCUUAGAGGUGUAUUCAUGAUUUUGAUUGCCUACGCAAUUUUCUGGAUUUAUAUCUAUGGAUCCACAGCCAAAAAGGCUAUCCACGCUUUGAGACGUUCGGGACUAACCGCAAUUAUCUAUUUAUAUGGACACUUGCCUCUUGUAGCGGGAAUUGUUCUUGCUGCCGAUGCUGGUGGAGAUUUGAGUUCUUUGACCAACACCAAUCUACACAGACAUCCCGUAGAAGAGUUACUAGUACAUGGCGAAGAACUAUUCAAUAGAUCAGAAGAAAACGAAGAGCUUAAUUUGUACGCUUUGGCAUUUUUCUUUGCAGGAGGUAUCGGUGCAGCAUUAGUAUCGUUAUGUGCUCUAGGAUUACUUGAUGCCAGCCUUGAUCCUCCAAAGACAUUCUUGUUGCCUAGAUUCUGGCGUGUUAUUUGGAGAGCCCCAGUGGGUGUAGUUGUAGCGAUGCUCCCAUUUGCAGAAUUGAGCUCCACUGUGCUUAUGGGCGUUAUAACAGCUCUUCUAUUGAUUUUAGUUAUUUUUGAAAGUGUUGUUUCCACACCAAAACACUGUUUGGUCAAAGGACCUCUCAGUCAAGUUCAUCCUAAGCCAGUGCCUGAGUGA